AUGGCUUUUUACACAAAUCAAAAUUUUGAAAUUGAACCUUUAAGUCAUGGAGAACAAAUUAUCGAUUUAUCUUCAUCUGAUAAUAUUUCUCAAUCUAUAGAACAAGAAAAAAAUCUCUCAUAUAAUACUUUUCUAUAUACAUUUGCUCUGUCAAUAUAUUCUCU